CCUCUCACCCUCCCUCUUCAUCUCUUCUUCCCUCUUGGCCUGAUCCUGAGCGCCAACAUGGCGUGCCCCCUGGAGCAGGCUCUGGAUGUGAUGGUGUCCACCUUCCACAAGUACUCGGGCAAGGAGGGUGACAAGUUCAAGCUCAACAGGUCAGAGCUAAAGGAGCUGCUGACCCGGGAGCUGCCCAGCUUCUUGGGGAAGAGAACGGACGAGGCCGCCUUCCAGAAGCUCAUGAACAACCUGGACAGCAACAAGGACAACGAGGUGGACUUCCAGGAGUACUGCGUCUUCCUGUCAUGCGUUGCCAUGAUGUGCAAUGAGUUCUUCGAAGGGUUCCCCGAUAAGCAGCCCCGGAAGAAGUGAAAGCCCCCCCCGGGGGUGGGAGUACCCUACCUGUUGGCAGAGGGCACCGGCCCUCACCCCGGGCCCCCCAGAUGUGUGCACGUUGUGACCAAGUUCAAUAAAGAGUCUUAGAAGUUUA